AUGGAUGAGAUUGCCAAGGAAUACGAUGUCAUUGUGCUGGGCACAGGCCUCACCGAGUGUAUUCUCUCCGGUGUCCUGAGUGUCAAGGGCAAGAAGGUCCUGCACAUCGACAGAAAUGACCAUUACGGCGGCGAAGCUGCAUCUCUGACCCUACAGGCGCUCUACAAGAAGUAUGGCAACUUUGCUAGCGGCGAGGAGCCGUGGACCAAGUACGGCCGUGUCAACGACUGGAACAUCGACCUUGUUCCCAAGUUCCUCAUCUCGUCGGGCGAGCUUACCAACAUCCUUGUGUCCACCGACGUUACCCGUUACCUCGAAUUCCGCCAGAUCGCAGGUAGCUUCGUCCAGCAGAGCAGUGGCGCCAAGGCCACGGUGGCGAAGGUCCCCGCCGACGCCGCCGAGGCGCUGCGGUCGCCGCUGAUGGGCAUCUUUGAGAAGCGCCGCAUGAAGAGUUUCAUCGAGUGGGUCGGCAGCUUCGACCCCAACGACCCGGCCACGCACAAGGGCCUUGAAAUCAACACGUGCACGAUGAAGGACGUGUACGACAAAUUCGGCCUCGAGGCCACCACCAAAGACUUUAUUGGCCACGCCAUGGCCCUGUAUCUGACGGACAGCUACAUCAGCACCCCCGGUGGCGCCCCGGAGGCCAUUGAGCGCAUCCGCCUGUACGGCAACAGUGUGGCGCGUUACGGCAAGUCGCCGUACAUCUACCCCUUGUACGGUCUCGGCGAGCUGCCCCAGGGUUUCGCCCGCCUGUCGGCUAUCUACGGCGGCACCUACAUGCUCAAUACCAGCAUCGACGAGAUCCAAUACGACAAUGGCAAGGCGAUCGGCAUCAAGGCUGCCAUGGCCAACGGCGACGACAAGGUCAACUUUGAGACUAAGGCCAAGUUUAUUAUCGGCGACCCGUCCUACUUCCCCGACAAGGUCAAGGUUGUCGGCCACGUGCUCCGUGCCAUUUGCAUCCUGAAGCACCCGCUAGCCAACACCAACGACUCCGACUCGGCCCAGCUGAUCAUUCCUCAGAGCCAGGUUGGCCGGAAAAACGACAUCUAUAUUGCUUGCGUCUCGUCGGCCCACAACGUCUGUCCCAAGGGCUACUGGAUCGCCAUCGUGUCGACCAUUGCCGAGACCUCGGCCAACCACCACCUCGAGCUGCAGCCGGGCCUGGACCGCCUAGGCAAGAUCGAGGAGCAGUUCAUGGGUCCUCCUAUCCCUCUGUAUGAUCCCAUUGAGAACGGCACCAACGACAAUAUUUUCAUUUCCAAGAGCUACGAUGCGACCAGCCACUUCGAGACGACCACCGACGACGUCAAGGACAUCUACCGCCGGUGCACGGGAGAGGAGCUCGUUGUCGAGGGCCUGCGGGAGGGCAUCCAGGUGGCCGAGGAGUAG